AUGAGGCUACUCUGUCUACACGGCGUGGGUAGUUCGGCGAACAUUUUGGAAAACCAGCUGCGUUCAUUUCUUCAAGCUGUCGAUCCAGCAUACGAGUUUAUAUUUGUCGAUGGUCCAUUUGCGUCGCCGCGAGGCCCAGGUGUAAGCGCGCACGUCGAAGGACCUUUCUUCUCUCAUACAGUGGGAUAUUCGCCUUUGAAGAUGGCUGAAGCGUUGGAUUACAUCGAUGAAACCUUGGACGAGCUUGGUCCUUUUGACGGUGUGUUGGGCUUCAGCCAGGGCGCGGCCGUGCUCAUCGCAUAUAUGUACCAGCACGAAGCAUGUCGGAAACCAUUGCCCUUUAAGUUCGCUCUCAUCUUCUCGUCUGUAAUGCCAUGUUCCGAUGACAUUGGUUACUGCCAGGGUAUUUUCGAUCGACUACGAUCUCAUCGGCGGGAGUUGACAGCACCGCCCGCGGCAGGCGCCGUGCCAUCUCCAUUGCGCGAGGAGCGCAUAUUUAUCGACCUCCUCUUGCGGACCGUUGUGCCGGCCAGAAAAAAUCGCGCUAUGCUCCCGGACUUUGAUUUGGGUGUCUACACGGAAGGUGAUGGCCUUGACGCACCUAGACUCAUGCACCCCCUACUGCUCAAAGAGAGGAUUCAUAUACCCACUGUACACAUCACAGGAAAGCGCGACUCUAAUUUCAUGCGCAGCAUGUCUGAAGCUGCGCGGGGCCUGUGCGACGACAAGUUGGUGAAGAAGCUGGAACAUGGCGGCGGCCAUCAUCCGCCGCAGAAGGACGUCGAGAUCAAGGCUGUCAUUAGGGCUAUGGACUGGGCGAUCGCACAGUCGCAGAAAGGGUUGAGUUUACAUCUAUGA